AUGCCCUGGGAAGACAACGACAACGACAACUAUCAUCAUUUUCAGCAACAGUCCCGCAGACACAAAAGAUAUCUGUCGUACGCUAGUCGGACGCUGGUUCCUGCUCGGUAUAGGAAAGCUUAUCGAGAACACGAGGAGGAUUUGGGAUCUAUGGGUGAUUUGCCUGCAGAGGAGGCUUCCACUGUAGCACCAGCGACGACAAUGGCGGAGGGAAAGCUUUCGGACGACCUCAAAUCCCUCGCCAUCAAACUCGGAACUCAAGGUCCCCACAAAACUCUUCCCACUCCAAGACUCAUCCAACUCCUCUUCAACGGCGUCUACAUCCUCAAGACCACCGCCGCAAUCUUCGUCUGGGAACAUCCAUACUAUCCCCAGCUCUACAUUCCCGCCGCUGUCCUACACUCCUACUUCGCAGCCCGAAGCGCAGACCUACAAAUCACUCCGGGAGAGAACAUUUCACAUCCCGAAAACUCCAAACAAAUCCUCGCAACACAAUGGACAAUCACAGUACGCUCCAAGAAAAUCGACAAAGUAAUCUGUUUCGCCAACCAAGAAACCUUACCCGAACCCGCAAAACCUCUAGCCGGACUUGUCAAAAUCGAUUUCGCGAGCAUAGACCAAUGGUUCGAAGAAUCGACUCCAAUUUUCGUACAUCCCAAGGAUCCAUUUAAACGAAUCGAUAUUCUCCAAUCGACACGACAUAUUGUUGUGAAACUUCCUCUUAGCGGCCCAAGCGAAACCUCGACGUCAACAACAAAAUCAGAAACCACCGCCGAAACCGAAGAAACAGAAUCUGCAUACCGCAUAGUAGCAGACACCUUCUCCUCCAUGCACCUCUACGAAACCGGUCUCCCCUGCCGUUUCUACAUCCCCCUCGCACGCGUCGACGCUAGCGUUUUACGAAAAUCCUCCACAACAACAAAGUGCCCCUACAAAGGCGAAGCCUCAUACUACGAUGUCGUAAUCCCCUCAUCCUCCUCACCAACCUCGCCAAAUCCCUCCUCAUCCUCCGACGACGAAAUUGUCUUCGAAGACAUAGUAUGGUACUACCCUACCCCGCUUCUCGAAAGCGCCAAAAUCGAAAACUUGGUCUGUUUCUACAAUGAGAAAGUGAGAAUUGAAGUCGAUGGGGAAGUUCUGGAGCAGCCUGUCACGCCGUUUUCGAAGGGUGGAGCGGGUGGGGAGGAUAAGUUGAAAUUGAACAGGCAAAUCAAGCAGGAAGACGAGGGCGAGGAAGUGUUGAAUAUGGGGAGUUUGGGAACGCCACUGGCGCCGUUGAAGGAGGAGAAGGGGUUGGAGGGGUGAGUGGUGAGAUGAGGGGAAAGAGAGGGGAAGAUGGGAGUGGGGAAUGGCUGGGAGGAGCGUGAGGGAGAUCGAGGCGAUCGGGUUCAAGGACAGAAUAACGAAUGCUCUUCUUCUUGUUUCUAUUAUAGGGAUUUUUACAGGCGCGCAUACAGAAG